CUUAGGGCCGCCCCAAAAUGUCGUCGAGCCUUUGUUACUAUAAUUGUUCAGAGCACCCUUAUUCAAUUUCACCUAACCCAGAUAUCUCGGGAGUCGGGGUCAUAAUCGGAUAUGCUACAACGGCCGGAAUAGUUGUUUUCAUUCUCCUUGUCUCUUAUUUCACGGUUUACGAUCCACUCGAGGACCCAUUUCGAAAGGAAAUUGGCGGUACCCCUACCAUUCAAUAUCGGCCUAAUCCAGUGGACGUCGUCUUCCUCAAGCUUACAUCAGCUAUUUGGAACAGGUUAAGGAAGAAAAAUACACUCUCCUCUGUCGCCCCUCCACGUAUGCCACGUAAUACUCGUUUACAUGCAUCUUGUGUCAAAUGUGUUCAAUCUAUGAGCGACCUGCAAAUACUAACCGGUACCUCUAUUCUAAUAAGCGGCUAUGCUCAACUAAAAUGCGGUCUCUCUGCCUACCACUGGCAGAUAUUGGUGUUCCUCGCUUGGUUCUCGAGUCUGACCCAUCUGUCAUGCCUCACGUUUCUCCGCAACUAUCUGUAUAAUCGACCAGGAGAACGGGUCUGGAGGCUGAUUGGAAUGGCUAUCAUGCUUCUAAUGCUACUUGUGGCCAUGGUGCCAACGGGGAACUUCAAUUGGAGAGCCAGUACUAAUUCAACUCCGGUACCGUCCCCGAGUGACUACGCCAUUUGCUAUUUCAACCGAGCAAAACAAGCAGAUAACAUGACCUUCGGAACAAUGAUUUUCGCUAUAUUACUACUUAGUCUUGGGUUCAUUUAUAGAAUUGUUCGGCUCCAUCGAUCGCUGUCGGUGAACGUCGUCGGACGGGCAAGAAGAAUCCUUAGUGGACGGGCGCGACAGUUUUUAAUUCAAUUGUACAACAAGCUAGACAUUUCAAAUUCAGGAAUGUCACUACGCCGGACAAUGGCCUACCGCCCUUUCCUGGCGCUAUUUCUCGCAACUAGAACUAUAGUAGACACAUGGACUUCGAUGUUCUUUGAGAUACUGUGGCUCUUAGGUAGCUUUAUCUGGGGCUUGACUAGGUUACGCCAAACUCUUGGUCUCAGUAAUGGGGGAUCAGGCGAAUGGGCAUUUGGUCAAGUUAUCUCCAUCCUGCAAUUAGCAGCACCCCUGCUCACGAUCUCAGAAUAUUUGUACCCAAGUAAGUCCAUAAGCGCUUUUACACCAUCAAAUACUCAUUUUGGUAGGUCAACCAUCCGUGGAUCUAGAUCCACUCAACUUCAUUCAACCGGACCAGGAAAUGGCUGGAUCCAACAACGAAUCGGACUUGCCAUCUCCUGCCGGUGA